AUGGAUACAAGCUCAUAUACCCUCGAGGAUCUUACCGAAGAGGUGAGAAACCGAUAUACAUCAAAGAGAGAUUCAACGGUGUUCAUUCUCUUUAUUGACAAGUAUGCGGUAGAUCAAUCUUUUAUUAUGUUGGAUUCCAAUGAGAACUUCAAGGGGAUGCUUAGUAUGGGUGAAGAUGAAGUUACCGGUGAACCAUAUGAAGAUGAUGAUUCUGAUCAGUGUCCAAGUGAAGAAAGUUAUCAUAGUCGUCUAAGUUCAGACAUUGAGGAUGACCGACUUAAUUAUGAAGGUGAAACUUAUUCGAAUGUUAAGAGAAAUUCAACUAUGAAAGUGUAUUCAAGAUUUUCAAAUGUCAUUGAUUUUAGAAGAGCCUUGAACCAUCAUGCAAUAACAAAUGAGUUUGACUACUUCAUUGAAAAAAGUGAACCGACACGAUUCACUGCAAGGUGUAUAAACAUGGAGUGUGGCUGGAAAAUUCAUGCUAGUCUCAUGGAAGAUGGAAUUACCUUUCAAGUACAAGAACAUUCCUGUAUUCGUAGCAACAAGGCAGGUAAUAGGCGUGCAACUCAAGGAUGGAUUGCUAAUAUCGUUACAGAUAAGCUGAAAUCUGAUGGGGAUGUUGGUGUUCCAGAUCUUAUGAAGUGGAUUUCAAAAACAUACAAUGUAGAGCUACCAUGCCAUAAAGUCUUUAGAGGGAAAGAACAAGCUUACACUGAUGUAUAUGGGAAAUGGGAGGACUCAUUCGUAAUGAUAGAUGAUUUCAAGGAGGAACUACAUGCUAGGGACCCGAGAAGUGUUGUUGAUAUUGAAUUUGAAAAGGAUGGUGACAAGAAACGUUUUCUACGUUUUUUUAUAUCAUUUGCAGCUUGCUCGACGGGCUUUCUUGUUGGUUGUCGUCCUAACAUUAGCCUUGAUGCUUGCCAUUUGAAAGGGAAUUUCAAUGGUGUCUUAGCCGCUGCAACAGCUAUAGAUGGUAACAACUCUAUUUUUCCGGUAGCCUAUGGUGUACUUGAAUCGGAGAAUACAAAAUCUUGGACAUGGUUUCUUGAGUUACUAGAAAGAGCAAUUGGGACGCCAAAUGGUCUUGUUAUUUCAUCCGACAUGCAAAAAGGUUUAGAAGUAGCCAUUACACAAGUUUAUCCUAACAUUGAGCAUAGAGAAUGUAUAAGGCACUUAUAUAGCAACUUGAAGAGGCAUUUUCAUGAUGACUUCUUCUACUUUAAGCUAUGGGGUGCUGCAAUAGCUUACUGUGUUAAUGACCAUGACAGAUUACUCGACGAAAUUGAUGUUGUACGUAAAGAGGCGAUCACAUAUCUCAAUGAUAACCAUAAUAAGAUAUGGAGUCGAUGCAAGUUUGGCACAACGUCUAAAUGUGAUUACAUAACUAAUAAUAUCUCUGAAUCAUUUAAUUCUUGGGUAGGUGAUUUGCGCUAUCGCCCUGUUCUUGAUCUCCUUGAUGCCAUUAGGGAAAAGCUUAUGAAACGCUUUGAUAAGAAAAGGAGAAAUGUAAAAAAGUGGAAAGGCUCGUUAGUUCCUAUGGCUAAGAACUAUGUCAGAACUAUCACCAAGAACUUAGGUGAAUAUGCAGUAAGUAGAAGCAGUGACAAUCGAGCUGAAGUGACAUACAAAGGAAAAAGAUGGGAUGUUACACUAGAUGAGAAAAAAUGCUCUUGUUGA